AUGGUGGACAUCGUCUGUAGAAGUAUUCGCCUCACUUGUACUUACUGUGUUGUGCUUGUUCUUUGCUACCUACCGUGUGCUAUUCAGUACGACGUCCAACCUGGGAAUAUCGACGAAGAUGUGCAAUUUAAAGAAUUCAUCUUAAAACACAGAAAGCCGUAUAUCGCUGGCACAACGGAAUACGAACAUCGCUUCCGGGUUUUCCAGCAAAGCUUACACAGAAUCCGUAAGCGUAUUUCUCUGUCAAGACAACUUAACGACACAGCAGUUUAUGGAAUUACGCAAUUUUCGGAUCUCACACCUGAUGAAUUUCAACAAAUGUAUCUAACCUUAAGGCCAUCAAAAUCAUCGCAGAUUCCUGUAUCAUUGGUCCAAUUUCCAAGUGCAUUUAACAGCUCGAAUGUGCCUCCUGAUAUGCCUAAGAAGUAUGAUUUGAGAGAUAAGAGUGCAGUGAGUGCAGUCAAAGACCAAGGCUCGUGUGGUGGCUGUUGGUCUUUCAGUACAGUGCAAGGAAUGGAAACUAAGUGGGUACUAAAUGGUGGUAAAAUGACUGAGUUGAGCGUGCAACAACUGAUUGACUGUGAUACAUCCAGUAGUGGGUGUGCUGGUGGUGAUACAUGCAUCGCUAUGGCUUGGCUAAAAACCAAAAAUGUUGGACUGAUCACAUCCCAUAAUUACCCAUUCACAGGACACACUGGUGAAUGUAGAAUAAAAAAUUACACUGAAGGUGUUCACUUGAAGGACUUCACCUGUAAGGAGUAUAUUGGUAAAGAAGAUAAGAUGGUGGAAAACCUGUACUACAAUGGCUCUUUGGUUGUAGCAUUGAAUGCUCGCAGUUGGCAAGAUUACUUGGGUGGCAUCAUACAGCAUCAUUGUUCAGCUGGAUUCAAUAACCAUGCAGUGCAGAUAGUGGGAUGCAAUAAACAUAAAUCUUCGUCUAGUGAUAUGUUUCAUCUAUUUCCUGUAGGACCAGUUCCUUAUUACGUGGUCAGAAAUACUUGGGGUCUUAAAUUCGGACUGCAAGGUUAUUUAAAUAUCAAAAUAGGUGAUAACGUCUGUGGAAUUGCUAGCAGAGUUUCAACUGUGGAAACAGUGAAGACAUGA